UAUAAAGUAGUGUGUUUUCCCUGAAAUCGAAGAGGCGAGAAGCUUAAAAAAAACAAAAAAAAAACAUCUUUUUUUCUGUCUUGUCUCAAUUCCACAACUUUAUUCUCCCUCUCUCUUUCUUUGUAGAAAUGGCAGAUCAGCUCACCGAUGAUCAGAUCUCUGAGUUCAAGGAGGCUUUCAGCCUAUUCGACAAGGACGGAGAUGGUUGCAUUACAACUAAGGAGCUUGGAACUGUGAUGAGGUCGUUGGGACAGAACCCAACUGAAGCUGAGCUCCAGGACAUGAUAAAUGAAGUGGAUGCUGAUGGUAAUGGAACCAUCGACUUCCCUGAGUUUUUGAACCUCAUGGCCAGGAAGAUGAAGGAUACAGACUCAGAGGAGGAGCUGAAGGAGGCAUUCAGAGUGUUUGACAAGGACCAGAAUGGGUUCAUCUCUGCUGCUGAGCUCCGUCAUGUGAUGACUAACCUUGGUGAGAAGCUGACUGAUGAAGAAGUUGAUGAAAUGAUCAGGGAGGCUGAUGUCGAUGGCGAUGGACAAAUUAACUACGAUGAGUUUGUUAAGGUCAUGAUGGCCAAGUGAUUUCCCUCUUCUGAAGUUGUUUUUU